AUGAGUUGUCAGUCGUUCUCAAGAAACAUAGGACCUGCUCUCAUUGCAUGGUUCCUCUUGUUAUCGCUCACAUCCCUGUAUUUGUUCUUUAUAUGUUGGGAUUUUAGCAGGCAAACCAGCUAUGCGUUGAUAGCAGUGCAUUCCUUACUGAUAUUUUACGUUGUCAGUACAUUCGGGAGGGCAACGUUUAUGGAUCCAGGCUAUCUGCCGAUUGGUACCCAGUGCGUACCGGGCGAGAAAAUGACGACGAUUGAGAAAGGAGCAGCCCGUACUGUCAUGUACAAAUCAGUAGAAAUUAACGGAAUUGCCACCCGGUUGAAGUGGUGUGUAACUUGUGAGAUUUACCGUCCACCAAGGUGUUCUCACUGCUCAAUUUGUAAACAUUGUAUUGACGUGGGUAUUUUAUAUUGCUUGAAUUCACUCCUCACUCUAGACGUUCGAUCACCAUUGUCCUUGGUUGAACAACUGUAUUGGGAGAAGAAACUAUCGGUACUUCUUUGCCUUUCUCCUUUCUUUGACUCUGCAUAUGGUGACGACGUUCGGGGUAUCUGUUUCGUUCGUCCUUAUGCGAGCCGACAGAUUGUCUACGUAUCCGGUCAUCAUUGCGUCACUUCGAAGUACGAUCUAGAUAUGAAUCCGUACAACCGCGGAUGUUGCAUCAAUUGGCUUCACGUAUUUUGCAAGGCCGAGGGGGCAAUACUCAUACGACCCACAACAAAUUUGGAACCAAACUUCAGUAGAUACUUGAAGAGCCCCAAAGAACGUGCAAAUGCGUACGUACUGAAGUCUCCACCUCCUGGUACUGAUCCGUACACAUCGAAUCAACAUGCGUUCAAAUCUGGAGAAUAUUUUGACGGUCAUUCACAGUCUGCAACAGACGCUACAACCCGCAGCGAAGAUGUAGAUCACCUGAAUCAGCUUCAAAAGGAACGUGACUGCUCGAAUGAUACUGCAUUGUCUCUUAGUGGAAUAGGAGCUAGCCCACCUGUGUCUGCUUCACUUCCGUCACCUCUUCCGCCUGCCACCACUUCAGUGGAACCCUCCAGACAGAAUUCCGCUGUGUUGGAAUCCCGAACGGCAAAAAUUUCUGCUCCGCAUGGUUUCACAACCCCCGAAACUUUGUCACGUGCAGUGCUGGCAAAGCCAUCCGCUUCUGAGCUGCCACGUUCUGUGGCACAUACAUCCGAAUCGCCGGUUCCUCUGUCAAACGUUGACUUUUCUCGCGUGGCCAAUGGACUGUACGUUCAAUCAGACACGGGGACGACAGGUUACCUAUCAAUGGCAGGUGAUCAAUCUACACCACUUCUCAUGUCGAGUAACACACCGGAAGCCGUUGACAAUCUAUCAGGUGGGAGGAAAUUUCGCCGACCUUCCAAUUUAUUGUACACCACUUAUGAACAACAAUGGGCAUCGCCUAAACUCUACACUUCCGAAACACAUCCUCCACCUGUCAUCUACGCACCACACCCUCCGAUCCAUGGCUCUGGAGUGGGACGCGAUUCUUCCAGGGACUUGCCCCGUUUGCAAACGGUAAACAGUAACCUGCCUUUAGGGGGAAAAGCCAUCUCAGCUCAUCCCUCUUCAUCGUUGUGUAAUCUCCGGGAGAAACCGUAUGCCCCAGUCACGUUUUCGUAUUUACCCACCGGUGUCCAGUCUACUGGAGAUCGCCAUUUAUCACCCAGUUUUGUUGUGGCCGAUUUAGGCACAACCCGAUCGAAAUUUCAGCAAUCCUCGCCGAAAUCGCGAUCCAGAUCGGCCCCAACCCGACGAAAUUUCAGCAAUCCUCGCCGAAAUCGCGAUCCAGAUCGGCAGGAACAGUCGCCGUUCCGUCUGGGACUCUUGCAAACGUUUAGCGGACUUCAAAUGGCGCCUUCAAGUAACAUUGCUGCACCAAAAUAUGCGAUCAAAGGUACUGAUAAUGGUGUCCACGUAGCGGAUGCCCAUCGAUCGGGCAACCGAACGUUGAUUUCGCAGGGUCAAAAGGCUCCAGAUUCCUCCAAGUUAACCCAACGAUCGAAUCUUCAACAACAGCAACGAGGGCUGUUUUAUCAAUACUCUUCAGGUAAUGUUGAUUACUCUGCUUCCGGUGGACAGCUUAGCUCAAUGCAAGGCAUUCCGUCGUGGCCUCCUGCCAUACCUCCACAUGGUGCACCCAACAUAGGGCAUCAUACAUCACAUUUAGAGAAAGACCGUUCCACUGGACACAACUCAAACCGCCUUCUCGUUUCUGAGCGUGUGAGAAUGUUAGAAGACACGGAUAUUGCCAACUUUUCAGCGACAGCCAACUCAUCGCUUAUGCACUACCCACAAGAUUUCCACGGAUCACUAGGUGAUCCACCAGGUAAUAGUUUCACCAACCGACACGGUUCCAACUGUCCACCACCACCCUUACCCCCUCAUCACCGCGCUUCUAAAUCUGUGGUAGUACGAAAGUGCGCAUGUUAUGGUACCCAAUCCAAACCCAGACUGGACCCCUGA